UGGGAGGGGUUUUAUCAACCACAUUGAAGCUCCACUGGUCUUUAAAUAUAAGAGCUUCAUAUGUAGAAAUGAGAAACAAGGCAUUCCACCUGAAGCGACUUUUAAGUCAUGGUCUCCAACUUUCCUGUUGCGCUGCUGGUCCUGUGUGCUCUCAGCUUGGCUCAGGCCCAGCUAAGGCUUUUCAAUCUUCGGGCCAGCGACCUUCCCUCUAACCUGCUUGGAACAGCUGACGGUUAUGUCAAGGUGUUCUGUGGAGCAACCAGCCUGGGUAAGACUGCUGUUCGUAAAGACACAGCCAACCCCUGGUGGGAAGAGGAGUUCAACUACUUCCAUGCUCUGGAAAAUGAUGAGAUGAUGCUUGAAGUGUAUGACAAUGACCUAUUCUUUGAUGACCUGGUGGGGGUCUGCCAGCGUCAGCUCCAGCCUGGAACCCAUCAACUUGACUGCUUUCUUAAAAAAGGCGGCACACUUCACUAUUCCUACACCCUUGGUUAACACAGCCAGUAGUCUUGUGUAGAUAUACAUGACAUACUGGUACAACAUGCUCAACAUCCAUUAUUCCCACUCAUGGUAUGUAUGAUGUGAUAUUGGCUCAGUGAUUCCAUGCCUCAUCAUGUAAUACCAGAUUCUUUAGCAAGAAAAUACAUUCUGGUCCUGUUGUCCAAAAGAAUUAAUCCUUGUUUCACCUUUUUACCACCAGUGAAAAAUAAAAAUACUACUGCAACAAAA